AUGGGUGACCAGCCACUGUCAAGGAUCGAUCCUGUCGUCAUGAAGCUGGACAGCCCGGAGUUUCACUCCAUCUUCACUCCGGAAUUGGAGAAACUCGCAAGCCUGUUCAAGAAAUAUAGUUACAAGCUGAGAAUCGCCGGCGGCGCGGUACGCGACAUCCUGAUGGGUAAGCAGCCUAAGGAUCUGGAUUUUGCGACUGACGCCACGCCACAGCAGAUGAAGGACAUGUUCACGAGCGAGGAGAUCAGGAUGAUAAAUGAGAAGGGUGAAAAGCAUGGAACGAUCACGGCAAGGAUAAAUGAUAUGGAGAACUUUGAGGUCACUACUCUGAGAAUCGACGUUCUGACCAAUGGACGGCAUGCACAGGUGGAAUUCACAAAGGACUGGAAGUUGGACGCUAACAGGAGGGAUCUGACCAUUAAUUCCAUGUUCCUCGACCUCGAUGGCAGAGUGUAUGAUUAUUUCUAUGGUUAUGACGAUUUAAAGAAAAAGAGGGUAGUUUUUGUAGGCAAAGCAAGUAUUAGGAUUCAAGAAGAUUAUCUUAGAAUCUUAAGGUACUUUCGUUUCUAUGGAAGAAUAAUGGACAGUCCAAAUCAGCAUGACGAGGCUACGAUAAUAGCGUUAAAAGAAAACAUUGGCGGUCUAGAACAGAUAUCCGGCGAGAGGAUUUGGAGCGAAUGGAACAAGAUUCUAAGCGGCACUUUUGCCCUGGAAUUAACCCUAAAGUUGCUCGAAUGUGGUAGCAGCAGAUAUAUCGGUCUACCCGAAGAACCCGACGUGGAGAACUUUCGAAAAAUUUAUGAGCGGGCGCAGUCCAAUAAUGUGACUUUGAAGCCUAUAUCCUUAAUCGUAUCGAUGUUGAAGGAUGAAUAUGAGGUGAUAAAAUUACACGAGAGAUUGAAACUGUCUAAUUCCGACAGAGAUUUAGCGAUAUUCCUGGUUCAAAAUAGGGAAUGCAAACCCUGCGAGAAACCGUUGAAGCCUUAUCAGCAGCUGGUCCUUCUUCAACAAAUAAAGAGAUACGACGUCCUCAAAGAGGAUGUGAAGGAGUUGUUGAGAUACCGUGGUGCAAUACAACUUCUGGACGAAUUCGAACAAUGGGUAAUUCCGAAAUUUCCUAUCAAUGGCAACAUGUUGAUAAAAUACGUGACGAUGAAAAAGAUGAUAGGCAGCGUCCUAAUUGAAUUGAAAAGGAUAUGGAUCGAUACGGACUUUAAAUUAACUAACGAACAGCUUAUGGAGCAUGUAUCAACAUUAUAG